AUGGCUCUGAGCUCUCGGGCGAAUGCCUUCUCCGUGGAAGCUUUGGUGGGGAGACCCAGCAAAAGAAAACUGCAAGACCCAAGAGAGGAGGCGCAGCUUGAGCUGCUGGAGAAAGAGGGCGGAGAGGAGGAGGAGAGAAGGAGCGGCGCCGAAGGGAAGACAUGCGAGCAGCCGGCAGAAAAACGACCCAAGACAGAGCCCUCUGCAACUGCUUUCUUAUCCUGUGGAGGCGGCAGCGGCGAUCGCAGUAGCGGCGAAUGCCUGGAAGAGAAAGAUGCUAUCCAAGUGGAGCUUCAAGGAUCCGAGCUGUGGAAGAGAUUCCAUGACAUUGGGACUGAGAUGAUCAUUACCAAGGCCGGCAGGCGAAUGUUCCCCUCUCUUAGGGUCAAGGUGAAAGGACUGGACCCAGGAAAGCAGUACUUCGUGGCCAUCGAUGUGGUGCCAGUGGAUUCCAAACGUUAUAGGUACGUGUACCACAGCUCACAGUGGAUGGUAGCCGGGAAUACGGACCAUUCCUGCAUCACUCCUAGGUUCUAUAUUCACCCGGACUCACCCUGCUCAGGAGAGACCUGGAUGCGGCAGAUCAUCAGCUUCGAUCGCGUGAAACUCACCAACAACGAGAUGGACGACAAAGGUCAUAUCAUUCUGCAAUCCAUGCACAAGUAUAAGCCCCGUGUGCACGUGAUGGAACAGGACAGCAGGAUUGACCUGUCCCGGAUUCAGUCCCUGCCCGCUGAAGGGGUUAAAACGUUCACUUUUAAAGAAACUGAGUUCACCACUGUGACCGCUUACCAAAACCAGCAGAUUACCAAACUGAAAAUAGACAGGAAUCCUUUUGCUAAAGGAUUUAGGGAUCCUGGAAGAAACAGGGGUGUUUUGGAUGGGCUUUUAGAGACCUACCCAUGGAGGCCUUCUCUCACUCUGGAUUUUAAAACUUUUGGUGCAGACACACAAAGUGGAAGCAGUGGCUCAUCUCCAGUGACCUCUAGUGGAGGGGCUCCCUCUCCUUUGAACUCCUUGCUUUCUCCACCUUGCUCCCCACCUACGUUUCACUUACCUACAAGCUCCCUUGGAAUGCCCUGUCCGGAGGUGUACCUGCAGGAUAUCAACCUGCCCCUUUGCUACAAGAUUUGCCCAACUAAUUUUUGGCGACAGCAGCAUCUUGUCUUGCCUGCUCCUGAAAGGCUAGCAAGCAGCAACAGUUCUCAGUGUUUAGCCCCACUCAUGAUGGAAGUUCCCAUGUUAUCUUCCCUGGGGGUCACCAAUUCAAAAAGUGAUUCUUCUGCAGACUUCAGUGGGCAGUGUCUACAAGCACCUAAUUCUGCCAAUCAAAUGUUGUAUGGAUUACAGGCACCUGGAAAUAUUUUAUCACCAUAUCCCAUUGCUCAGGAAGCAAUUGGUUGUUCUUUCCAUCCUUCCUAUGGCUUUUAUAGGUACAACUUCUCCAUGCCAUCUAGACUGAUAAAUGCUGACAACCAACUCAAAGUGAAUGACAACCGUCAAGUUUCUUUUAGAGAAGGCAAAUGCAGUCAUGGUCAUUGGUAUCCAAGAAUUAAUCAUUGUCUUUAA